AUGGCAGCCGAGAAGAAGACGGAGGUCCUGGAGAAGAAGAUCUCGAUCAAGCCUCGAUAUAAGAUGACAAGAGGCAUCCAGGUGGAGACCCUGAUGAAGUGUGCAGAUAACAGCGGAGCAAAGAUACUCAGGUGCAUUGGGGUGAAGAGAUACAGGGGAAGGCUCAACAGGCUUCCAGCUGCAGCACCGGGAGACAUCUGCGUUGUGUCCGUCAAGAAGGGAAAGCCAGAGCUUCGGAAGAAGGUGCACUAUGCCAUUCUCAUAAGGCAGAAGAAGAUCUGGAGACGCACCGACGGAUCCCACAUCAUGUUUGAGGACAAUGCUGCUGUUCUCAUCAACAACAAGGGGGAGCUGAGAGGGGCGCAGAUAGCCGGGCCCGUGCCCAGGGAAGUUGCAGACAUGUGGCCCAAGAUAUCGUCCCAGGCGUCAUCCAUCAAUUGA